GAGGUCGGCUCCUUGCGGGGUCUGUGCGGCCUGUGUGACUAGAAAGAAGAUGGAGCCAAGAGCCGAGCCUGAGGGGCGGCUCUGACCUUUCUGACCGAGGUCCUGCGCCCUUUCGCCGCCAGGAGCCUCCUUCCUCUCCGGACUAGUGCGUUCGAGCUCCCCAGUGGCCUGGGCCCCGAGAGUGGAAAUGGUCGCCGAGGCCCAGGGCGUGGGGCUUCCGCGUGGCCCGUGAAGGGAACUGGGGAACCUCAAGGGACCCCCACAACUCCAGGCGCGAAAACCCCCGCAUGGUGAGGAGCAGGCAAAUGUGCAAUACCAACAUGUCUGUAUCUACUGAUGUAGCCACCUCACAGAUUCCAGCUUCGGAACAAGAGACCCUGGCUAGACCAAAGCCAUUGCUUAUGAAGUUGUUAAAAUCUGUUGGUGCGCAGAAAGACACUUACACCAUGAAAGAGGUUAUAUUUUAUCUUGGCCAGUAUAUUAUGACUAAACGAUUAUAUGAUGAGAAGCAACAACAUAUUGUAUAUUGUUCAAAUGAUCUUCUAGGAGAUUUGUUUGGAGUGCCAAGCUUCUCUGUGAAAGAGCACAGGAAAAUAUAUACAAUGAUCUACAGAAACUUGGUAGUAGUCAAUCAGCAGGAACCAUCAGACUCAGGUACAUCUGUGAGUGAGAACAGAUGUCACCUUGAAGGUGGGGGUGAUCGAAAGGAUCCUGUGCAAGAGCUACAGGAAGAGAAACCGUCAUCUUCAAAUUCGGUUUCUAGACCAUCUACCUCAUCUAGAAGAAGAGCAAUUAGUGAGACAGAAGAAAAUUUAGAUGAAUUGUCCUGUGAACGGCAAAGAAAACGCCACAAGUCUGAUAGUAUUUCCCUUUCCUUUGAUGAAAGCCUGGCUCUGUGUGUAAUAAGGGAGAUAUGUUGUGAAAGAAGCAAUAGCAGUGAAUCUACAGGGACUCCAUCGAAUCCGGAUCUUGAUGCUGGUAUAAGUGAACAUUCAGAUGAUCGGUUGGAUCAGGAUUCAGUUUCAGAUCAAUUUAGUGUAGAAUUUGAAGUUGAAUCUCUUGAUUCAGAAGAUUAUAGCCUUAGUGAAGAAGGACAAGAACUCUCAGAUGAAGAUGAUGAGGUAUAUCGAGUUACUGUGUAUCAGGCAGAGGAGAGUGAUACAGAUUCAUUUGAAGAAGAUCCUGAGAUUUCCUUAGCUGACUAUUGGAAGUGUACUUCAUGCAAUGAAAUGAAUCCUCCCCUUCCACCACAUUGCAACAGAUGUUGGGCCCUUCGUGAGAAUUGGCUUCCUGAAGAUAAAGGGAAAGAUAGAGGGGAUGUCUCCGAGAAAGCCAAACUAGAAAACUCAACACAAGCAGAAGAGGGCUUUGAUGUUCCAGAUUGUAAAAAAACUACAGCGAAUGAUUCCAAAGAGUCAUGUGUUGAGGAAAAUGAUGAUAAAAUCACACAAGCCUCCCAGACACAAGCCUCCCAGUCACAAGAAAGUGAGGACUAUUCUCAGCCAUCAACUUCUAAUAGCAUUAUUUAUAGCAGCCAAGAAGAUGUCAAAGAGUUUGAGAGGGAAGAAACACAAGACAAAGAAGAAAGUAUGGAAUCUAGCUUUCCCCUUAAUGCCAUUGAACCUUGCGUGAUUUGCCAAGGUCGACCUAAAAAUGGUUGCAUUGUCCAUGGCAAAACAGGACAUCUUAUGGCAUGUUUUACAUGUGCAAAGAAGCUAAAGAAAAGGAAUAAGCCCUGCCCAGUAUGUAGACAACCAAUUCAAAUGAUUGUGCUAACUUAUUUCCCCUAGUUGACCUGUCCAUAAAAGUAGAAUUAUAUAUUUCUAACUAUAUAACCCUAAAAGGCUAGACAUCAUGAAACUUAUUUUUAUUUACAUGUAUCAAAGUGAGAAAGUAUCUCAGUCCAUGAAGAUUUCUUCUCUUUAGUGUAAUUUACCUACUUUGGGA